AUUGGGGAGUAAAGAUGGCGGCUGCGUGGAGUUACAUAUGAAUUUGACAUUGCAAAGUAUUUCUCCAAAUUCCACCAGUCUUUCUCAGAAUUCUGAUCAACUUUGUGGCCAAAAAUGAAACGUAGAAGAACACGCACGCCAUCAGAUGCAGGUAGUCCUUCGCAGGAGAAGAGAGUGGUUACAUCUCCAACCAGUUCGAAAACUGCAGCCGCUUCUGCUUCUACUACAACUAAAGAUGGUACUUCUAAAUCUUCAGAUGGUCAACAUGUUACGAACAUAGAGGAUACGGAGGUGGAGAAAAGAAGUGCUGCUGCUGAUGUUGCUUCUUUUGAGAGAGGAACCGAGGAAAUCAGAAAGCUUGUAGCAGAAAUUCAGAAGCAAAAACUCGAGGUAAGAUCUAGAAACUUAAAGGAGUCAAAAAGCGAUCAUUUUGUACAAUGAAUUGUUUAAACACAGGAACAACAGUUGAUGGCAUAGUGUGAUCGGAAAGUUCCUGAAAAGAACUGUGGUUGGUAAGAGUGACUGACAUUUCGUCUGAGAGAGGCUAUCAUUAUCAGAUUCAAAUGAAACAACGUCCUUUUAGUUUGUCAAAAAUCAGUCACGGUCAUUGGCAGCAUUUCUUUUCAGGACUACCCUCUUAUGAGGAUCACAUUAUGCAAUGGACUGAUCAAACUGUUCAGUUUGCUGCUUAGAAAAUUGAGAUUAUGAAGACAAAAUGAUAAUUCUCAAAAGGUUUUUAAUGUCAGAAACUCAACUCCAGCCAAGAUCCUCCAAGUUUUCAAGAAUCAAGGAUUGUGAAUUAAGGAUUAACUUCUGUUGACUGUCAACUUACAUUUCAGUGGUACUGUAUUGUUCACUUCUUUGAUGCCAAAGAGUGACUAGCUUCUAAUUUCUGCUUUAAAAAUCACCCCUUAAUCAAUUAAUUAAUUAAUCAAGCAUUAAGGUUAUGAGAAUAAAUGGAACAAUCACCAAUUAAAGAAGCUCUUGAUUAUUACACAAAUUCUCCUUGUCACCACCUUAGGAAAUGUAUAGAGGACAGUUAGGAGAAUUUACAUACUGAUGUAAGGGUGGAAAGGGUCAAUACAGUCUACUUAAAAGUGAAGACCUUGAAUGAAUUAGGAGUGGCACACCUGCUUCUGUUCAAAACGGUUGCCAUCAUUAUUUUUUGGAAGUCACCUUGUCCUUUGAUUGGUUUAUAGCUAUACUCUUAUAAAGCAAAUUCAAAACAUGGUUUUCUGACAAGCCUGAUCAUGGUUGGGUUUAUGUUAUGGUCUUUAUCCUCAAACUAGUUCAGAGAGCUCUCUGCUGGCAUUGUUGACACUGAUGUUGAGAACAAUAAUGUGGAAAUGUUUUUUUUUUUUUUUUCACUAGGAUUCAGAUGUCAGUGAGUCCAGGAUAAGGUGCACUCUCCUGUUUACGAUCUUGAAAAAAAUCAACAGACUUGCACAUAUGCGAUGUAAGAAAGCUAGAGAGAGAACUCAAGAGGUCUGUGAAUGCUUAAUAGUAAACUACUCUGCUUAAAUUAAUUAGGAUUUCAUUGUUAAUUGAAAUCAUUUAAACCUGAAAUCUUUAAAACUACAAGAUGUAUCUUGCACUAUAGCAAAAAAAGCCAGUCAGAUGGCUAGAGAGUUUCUCGAAGAUCCUGUUACCUUCUAAUUUUCCUACCAAAAGCAAAGUAUACAGAGUGUGACUAUUGUGCAUCUGAAGCUGAUCAUAAACAUGCAGCAGGUCCAACUAGAUCAUGAAAAAUUUCCAUGAAUGCUAGAAACUAAAAUAUCCUCUGUGAAAUUAAUGCUGUUGGAUGGCAGAAGUUUUGGAGACAAUGACUUGUUUUCAGAACAUCCAGUAGUAUGAAAAAGGAUAUGAGCAAGUCAAAGAACUAAUAAAUCAUUUAUAAAUAACUUGUCAGCAGAAGGUAUAUUUGUUCAUCCAUGCUGUUAUCAAGCUUUUAUUUUUUUCUAUUCUUACUUUCAGUCUAAACAGAAAGUGGAUAGUCUCCACCUGCAGUUACAGAACCUUCUCUAUGAAGUGAUGCACUUGAAAAAAGAAAUAACAAAAUGUCUUGAGUUCAAGUGAGUAAAGUGUUCUUUGAAAAUGUUUUGAAAAUUUCUUACCACCACACCCUCCUUUUGCAUAAUCAUUUUGGCCUCAUUUUGUGGUAGUGAUGGUGAAUUGGUUGCCUCACUGGACCCUGAAUCAAGAGAGCCAAGACUUCAGCCCUUGCCAGGCGUUGUGUUGUGUUAUUGGAAGAGGAUUCACUUUCACAAUACCUCUUUUAGUCAGGAGUAUAGAUGAGUCUUAGGAAACUACAAUGGAAACUUUAUAAAUACUUGGAAGUCAUCAUAUGGCAUGACACCAUAUCCAGAAGUAGAAGGAAUACUCUGUUUUGCUUCAUGUCAUUGAAAUCACCAGGAUGGGCUUUGGCAGUCAUGGGUUACAUGGCUGGGAAGGCCUGGUAGUAACCUUUCAGGCCAGUGCCUUUUCAUUAACCCAUGAAAUUGGGGGAUUUUUGCAUACCUUUUGGGUUAAAUAUCUAAGCUGUGUUGUUAUCUUUUGUGAGAAAAUUAAGUUUAACUUACUUCUUUGCUUACACAGUACUGAAGGGUGCUGAAAAUUGUUAACAGAAAUGUGGUGAAAUGCUUAGUUAACAGUUAGUGUACUUCCGUAAAGUCUCAUUCAGUAAGAGUAGCUGUAUUCUUACUUGCCUUGACAAAUACAAAACCAUCUGACUGUGCAAGAGGUUCUGACUAAAGGCAGACUUUAACCUUCUCUAGACUGAAUAAAUUUCUCUUUCUUUAAAUGUUAUUAGGUCAAAAGAUGAAGAAAUAGAGCUGGUGUCAGAAGCUGAAUUUUUUAGAGAUGCUCCAAAUGAAAUAUCCAAACCUGUAAGUAAAGGAUUUGGUUUAGGUUUUAGUUUUGCAUCCAAUUGGUGUAUAGGGUGACAAAAGUUUUGUAGAAAAAUCAAAAACUGAUGUCAAGCAAAAUUGAUAAUACUUUGUCACUCAAUUGAAAAAUGCUUCGUAGAAACCAGGUUUUUAGUCUAAUUAUACUCAGUGAAUAUUUAUAUUAUCACCGAUAUGCAUGGUAUUUAGGCCAGUGAGUCUGGAAGUCCCACUGAAGUUAACAAAUUAAUUUUUAAGGAUGUCACCAAAGGAGAUUCUCAUAAGUUGAUGUUGGCAAGACUUGACUGGGAACUGGAGCAGAGGAAAAAGUAAGACUUACCCAUAAUCCUAUAAUUCCCAAAAGUGAUUAACACUAAAACAACUUACAUUGAAAAACAAUAUACCUGUAGAAAGGAGCGUUCAAUUUUAAGUUUCUGAGUGAUCUUUAACCUGCUAACUCCCAAGAUCAAAUUGUUAAUUUCUCCCCUAGAGCUGCUACAUAUUUCCUUGUAAAUUAGUAAUGAGAAUUUGGUGUUAGAUCAAGAUAACAACUUCUAACUGAUAAGUUUGAAUAUUCUCAUUACCUAUUUGCUGGAUAAUGUAAGGAUAUUAUAGGGGGAAGGUUUUUGUUGAUCACUUUGGGAGUUAAAAAGUUAAAGCCAUCAUGAAAGGGAUAAGGCAACAGAAGUAAGAAACAACAUUUUUGGAACUGAUACUUAAUGAAAAGAUUAUUCCUACUGGCUUGUGAUCUGCAUGUGUAAAAUGCAUUUUUCUCUGUUUAUGUAGGCCCUAUGGCAUUUGUGCAUUCUUUUACAUUGUCAACAAGUUUUGUAGUGUCUCUCUUUUGUCACCCUUCUGAGACUUUCAACUCAUAUCAUUGUCUUUUCUACUAAAUAAGUUGAUUUCAGUGUUAUGGUGCCACAGGGGAGUGAAUUGGGGCUUAUGAAACUCAGCUGGGUAGGUUCCAGGAGUGGCAUUUUAUCCCAGUUGAGGGUUUGUGGUUUCUACCUUGGGGUACCCCACUACCCUCCCUCCUUUUGGGAUGUAGGCUUUACAGAUUUUCUCUCUCUAGAUAUGACAACUGACUGCCUUUCCUUAUACCUUUCCCUUCCUUUGCCAUACUGUUUUAUGUUUCAGGAUAAUUGUUUGAAUUUCAUACUUUGUUUCCCUUUUUUCUUACUUCAGAUUGGCAGUACAAAAAGAACAGUUUCUGAAAAAGAAAGAAACACUUUUGAAAGAAAUCCACACCAAGAAAGAAUUCUUGGACAGUCUACAACCAAGACUAGAAAAUAUUUUAAAGGUACAUGUAGCUGAUGGACAUUAAUCACGAAAAAAAUUAGAAUGCUAAAUUUUUCAUUCUCUCAAGAAUCUUCAAGGAAUACUUUUUCAUUUGAUCUUCAGGCCACACAACCUGUUCAGGAGUACAUGAACAUGCCACUGGAUGCUCAGCAAGCACAGCAUGAAACAGCACGGUAUCUCCCUCAAUCGCUGUACAUUCUGUAUGUCCAAGCAUCAGCUUACAAUGAGGCAUGUGAUCCUCAUUUGGAAGUCAAGAUUCUUGGUGAUUUAGAUGUCGCCAAGGCUGCUAUGGAAGCUAAACCUGCUGUUAGAGGUUUGUUUUCAACAUGAUGAUUAGUAGUAUUGUCAGUCUACCUCAAAGUUAUUGCACAAUUUUAUGUGGAGUCACAGGUACAUGUGUAUUUUAUGUUUGCAGAAAUUGACAGUGAUUCAGAUCAGGAAAACACAGAGGGACACAAAAGGGUGCGAGUUCAGUACAGCGUAUAAUUAUCCAUAUUUACAGUCUGAUGUGUAGAGGGAUUAUGGCUUAUUAAUAACUUCUUACUAACUGAGUGUGAGGGCCGUACCAGGAAAUAUUAGCUUACGGUUGUGGCAGUACAAGGCCAGCAAGGUGUGUACAAAAAUGAUGGAGGGCCAAUAUUCCCUGGUAUGGCACAAGCAUUUCAGGUUAGUAAGUACUUUAUUAUAUGACACACCACUCUACAUGGCUUAUGACCAUUUCUGUGGAAAUGGUCAUAGGGAGGUCACCAUGACAGCUGAGCCGCAACCUUCCAGGCACCUGUCAACACAACACGUACAAACCAUUGUGUGGAGUGAACACUCAUUCAAAAUGCAGGGGAAGGAAUAGAAACAAAGCAAGUAGAGUAGCAAAGCACAUUUAGCAAAAGCAUCUGGCUAUGUCCUCAAAGCAUUCCCUAAAACUCUCACAAAACAUCGGUGAAACUGCUGUAUUGACUUGGUUUUAACCUGUCCAAACUAGUCUUGUUUAAAAAAUUUGUUAUCAUUGCUUGGUCACAGGAGGGCUUGUGAUCUACCCUAAUAGAAAAGAGAAGAGUGCCCUAAAUCUUUUUCCUUUUUAGUCGAAGCAUAGGAGAAAAAAGGAAGAGGCUCGUCUGGAGGAGAAAAGGAAAUUGUUACUUAAGAAGCACCCUCUCCAAAUCUUAAUACAAGUAAAGUGUAAAGGUAUGUUUUAUGCAUUGGCACUACAUCCAUUAUUUCACAAUAAUAAUUAUUGUUAUUCAGGAUUACCACAUGUGAGAGGGUUUUGUUACUGUUAUUGAAAAAACAAAAUGUUUCCACCAAACUGGAUGAGAAGAUUCUGACCAUAGGGAUGUGUGUAGUCCGAGGAAGACUGCGAACAAUGGCUUGAUUAUUGUGAGGUUUUAAUCUAGAGUGCAGAAGUAUCCUAAAAACUGCUUCCACUCUUCUGGACUCUCCAGCAAGUUUGGAUUUUGAAAUAAUUGAUCUAGCGGUAGAUCUAAUUUGAAUCAUUUCCUUUUUCAGACAAAGCAACGCUUGAUUUGUUAUUCUCCUUUUUGCCAACAUUCAACACUGUGGUGGUCUCACCAUCACUGAAUUUGAAUGAAGCGGUAUUGGAACCAGUGUUGGCAAAUAGGUAAGCAAUUAAUUUGUGAAGUCUUAUGAAAUGGUGAAGAUUGAUUAAAAAGUGCUCCUUUGCUUGUAAUCUCCUCUAACCAAGUGAACAUACAAUGUAUUUCUCACAGAUCUACAGGUGCAAAUUGAGGGUUAAGUAAUGUUAAUUGUAUCAAGUUGCACAUACUCAGUUGCAGCAUACAACUUUUGGUUAUUUCCAGCCAACAUGGAAACAGACCUUUACUGGUGUUUAAUUGUCAAAUGCAUUUGUUUUUAGCACACUUCUUUCCCCUGAUUCACUGCUAAUCAAUUUGUUUCCUGAUGAUGAUGGAAACACGGCUCCAAACCCUUCCAGCUUGUAUCAGCUUUCAAAAGUUGGGUGAGAAGGAUUUUUUUUCUAUUAGCAUUAGGGUGUAUCAUAUGGUUGUCUAAAGGCAUAGGUGACUGUUGAUAUUACUGGAUAAAAGUGGCUACUUGCCAAAAGUGAUGUGCAAAAAAAAAAUGGUUAUGGGGGGUAUGCUCUCAGUCUCCAUCACAGCUAGAGAAGCUUAGUCUCAAUCAACGAGUUGGCCACAUCUUCUUAACUCUUAAAGCUUUGUUCCACCUGUAUGCGUUCUUUUUUUUUUGUUAUGCUUUUCCAAAUUCGAACAGUUUUUCAAAUUGUUUUGAAACUUAAGAAGGUGGGAGACAUGGAAAUAUCCAGACAAACUGAACACUUUCGUUAUCCUUUUGAAUUUGCCUAGUUAAGUUUUUUUAUUAAUAUUUUUUUCAAUGCAUUCUAUAAAAUAGUCUAUUACCUUUCGUCAAUAAGAUUUGACCUGAUUCUCUUUUUCAGAAUGACUACUUUCACAGAUUUUGUCCGCCUAGUGGGUAAACCUUACAUGUGGGUUCAGCGGAUUUGUGGACUGAACUUUUUGGCCAAGGAGCUACAUGUAAGAGGAUGUUACAAUUUUUAUUUAUUUUUUUAUGUUUCACAGCAUUUUGAAACGUAGAAUAAGCAGCGGUUUAAAAAGGGCGGUUUCUUCCGAUUUACUUAAACGUGCACUGUGCAUGGAUGCUCUUCACUCAAAUGGUUUACUGUUCACCUUUAUUGCAGGAAGUUUUGCCAAAGUCGUCAGUUAGUUUGUCUCAUAUGGAAGCAACCAUCAAAGCUAUAAGAGCAAGAAUCUUAGCCAGACUCGCUCUGCAACAACAACUGACCUCCCUUGGUAAGCUUGGAUAAGAAAAACUUCUAAUUUCGUGAGCGUAAGCGAUAUGUACUUGGAAAUCUUUGUCGAGGCGUUCUUAAAUGUUCCGAGUUUUAUUAUCCAAUCAGAGAUAAGCUCGAGCACUCGGGGGUACGUCGAAGACUCUCACAUCGUCGGAUACAAAAUAUUUUGCACGACACGUUUUUAGAGUUCGCUUUGGUAAACCAAGUCAAUGCCGUUUGCAAACUCGAUUCAACUGUUCUGUUUUAGUUCUAUUUACACAGCUAUGCGGUUGAUAGUAUUUCUGUCUUUCUAUUUAAAUUUUCAGAAAAUUUGACGAUUCCAGGAAAUAAGAAUUCUCUGCAGAUGUUUCCUACCAAGAUUUCAACCAAGUUGACCUCCUGGCAACCAGUAACGUUAGAAGAAUUCCAGGUAUGAGUAUAUUACCCUCUGGCGGCGACUAUUAAUCGGGCGAUGUUCUCCAAUAUUAUGCAGUCCAAGUAUAAUAAAGAAAAUCUCUUUUACAGGAAAGACCAGAGCUCAAAAAUCUUAUUGAAGAAGGUUUCAUUCAAGAAAGUGACAUGCUCUUCCAAGCUGUGUUUGAAAGAAGCAAAGGUUAGCUUUUGUCGUUAAUAAGGUUGUUGUUGUUAUUCUUAUUCUACGACUAAUAUCAUGGUGUUUUUGUUUUUUUCAGUUCAACUGAAGGUCUCAGUGAUUUUGUCCCAGGAGUAUCCAACAACCCCGCCGCUUUUUUCCAUAGCAGUGACGUGUGGGAAGACGGUGAUAAGAGACAGCCUCACGAAGGUAUACGUCAGAUUUAAUUUCCCUUGCAAGCCAGCAUGAAUUCCUGGAUACCCCCUGCAUGUAAGCAUAAUGCAAAAACUGUUGCUAUGAUUGUGCUUCUGAGUCUUGCUUUGUAAUGUAACUUGUUUUUCAGGCGAUUGAAGCGGAAGUGAAUGUUUUCUACCCGGAACUAACAGAGCACGACUCUUCUUUAAAUUUAUUAGCCAAUCAGCUUCGUCGCUUACAGGUUUGUAACACAACACAUCCUCAUGAGCGAUUGUCUUCUAUACAACACAAGUGCUCCACCCUCCCCUUCCCCCUCGUGCCUCUCCACUCUCCCCUUCUCUCUCGUACCUCUCUACUCUGCCCUUACCCCUUGUGCCUCUCUACUCUCCCCUUCCCCCUCGUGCCUUUCCACCUUCCCCCUCUCCUCCUGUCUAUUACAACUGCCACAGUAAAUAAGGGAAUCGCCUCUCUCCUUGGAUAAGAUACGGGACAAGAACCAGGAGAUUCUGGUUACCCCCUAAAAAUUAUUUUAGGCUUCCCUGCCAAUUCACUAGUCCUCAUUUAUGCUCUUGGGCAGAGAGAGGCGAAAGUUAGGUGUCCUGUGCAAGAACAGUCCACGAUGGUCCCGGGCUACAGGUAUCGUUGAUAAGUCAAUGGAGUUACUGCAUGAUUGGCCGAUAGAGGAAAGAAAUCGUCGUUAGUCUCUUUUUGUAAGAUGUGAGAUCUGUGUUAAUCCUUAAUGAACUUUUAUGUCAAUGUCUCCAACACGUAAGAAACUUAUUCAAAAUAAAGUGGCUGACUUAUUCAAAGUUUUCUUCUAUUUGAAAAGUGCUAUUGUACAUGUUUAAAUUAUUAAAAUCGAUUUCCAGUCUGGAAAUUAUGAUGAUGCAGGAAAGGAUUCCAUUGAACAUCUCGGUAGACUUUAUUUAAAAGAAAAACUGACUGGAAAGAUGAUCUCCUGUGUGUGUAGAGUUCCUUUGAACAAACUUUUCUAGUUUUUUCUUGAAUAUGAAGUUUAUCAAGAUGAUCAUCGGAGUCCUUUUUCUUCUCUAGGAUGGCUGAUUACCUGAUAAUGUACCACUAAUGUGUACUCAAGUGAAAUUGCUAUCAUUCGUUGUAUUUCACGUUUGAGUUACACAAAGCUUGUCCAGACUAAUCGCACUAUGUUACAUCCUUUCAGAUGUGUUUGGAUAUCUAUCUGGAAUGUGGAAGUCUGAACGACGUAGAAGGUGCAGAAACAUUUGAUCGCGAGAAGUUUUUUCUUCGCGUUAAAAAGUAA